AUGCCACACAACGAAAUCAACGAGAAUCCAGACAGCGAUGCAGUAGCAGAGGUUUAUGACAGUCAGCGUGUAUAUCAAGAUGUUGAUAGGAAGAUGAGAUUGUAUUCAGUAAUUACAGCGCUGAAGAGUGGUCUACUGCCUUCAAAUGAUCAAAUCCAACAAACACUCAAAUACGCUUCUUCACACGCUCCAUUUGAUAUAAAUGUCUUGAGUGACGAUGGGAAAAUUCUAGUCAAUGACACGCGAGCUGUAUUUAAUACGGCAAACGAUAUUGUUCAGCAGAAGAAUAAAGAUGAGCGUCUCCAGCAAUUCCUUUACAAGACACGCGACAAAAAACAUGUUUCAGAAAAAGCCAACCUCGAUAAAUCAACAUUUCCCAAAGGCAGCAAGGAAGGAAACGAUAAGGCACUGCACCAUCUACGUACCAUCUUUACACUCAUUGCCACCAACUCUGAGAUCAGAAAAUUGUUAACUGACAGUAAAAUACUUGGUUUUGAUCUCUUCGCAGACGCUGCAGCUAAUGCAGCAAAUAUGGCACGUCCACCCGCUGAACAGAUAAACAAACUCGACGAGACUGCUCCUGAAGGGUGGAAAAACAACGAUGGCUCUAUCGUUGGCGCUGACCAAACUCCACAAUAUAAUCUACCCAAGCUGAAGAAAGGAAAGAAGGCAGCCGAAGAAGGUCACGACAAUGCAGAGAAUGUGAAAAAAGCUGCACUUGAACGUGAGAAAGAUUCAAUAACACGAGCUCAGAACUCAUCCGUCAAGGUCGACCAGAGCGAUGGCGAUCUGCAACAAGGGGUGCAGAACGCAUUGGAAGAACAGAAUCCAGAAGGUAUGACACAAUCACAAAAUAGGAGCACCAUUGAGGGUAACGAGAAGAACAUCCCUCCUCAACAUCGCGAUAAAGCUCAAGACAGUUUCAAUAGGACUAAGAAGCAUCUCGAAGAAAUAUUUCCAGAGGAGCGCCGCGCAAGCUAUAUCAACAGGCUCAAGAAAGUGGUAUACGAGAACCAGAAGCACAAAGACUGGAAAGAGGCGUUUGAGUUUUUCUUUGCAGAGUUCGAAAUCUACAAAGGCGGUCUUAUGAAAGCAGGUGGCGGAGAACAGCAAGCAGCGAGCUCUAUCUUAUCUGAUCCUGAAUUUAGAUCUGCUGCUGAGGAUUUGAGAGUGGUAUUGGAGCGCUUCGCUAAUAACAACUCCGCCUCACCAAUUUUCGAGUCAUUUGACAGAUUCAUCAAAAUGGCAGUAAAUGAUAAGCAGAAAUCGGAGUGGCUCGACCAUUUUGUUGCGUAUGUCCGACGUAUCUUCCUUGAACCUGGUUAUGUCCUGAGCGAGGAAGUGAUCAGGGAUGGAGAAAGAAUCGGUGAAACUGCAAGAACUAUCUUCACCAGCAAAUACAAAGCUCAAAUUAAGAAUGAGCUAUUCGCCACUAUUGCUGACUUUUUCAUCGCGAUGGGCAAAGAUCCUCUUAACAAGAAGUUGGGCAGUGACAUAAACAAGCUCUUCCGUGAUCUCUUUUUCAAUGAAAGCGGCAAAUGGACCUUCAAGAGUGAAUUGUGGGCAGACGUGCGUGACAAGAUUGUUCCACCUGUUGUUGAGCAGAUCGGCGCGGUACCCAUCCCGCGAAUAGAAUACAGUGAUCCAGCAAUAGAUGUUGUCAUUGAGAAUUUAGUGCUUCAGGGUAAGAAUCUUUUGCCAAACUAUAUAACAUUCGAAGCGUAUAACCAGCUCAAAUUUUCACCAUACGAUACUACGUCCAAUGAACAUCAUCACGACAUCGAGAUUGAGUUAGGACAGAUUCAGUGCGAUUUGCGUGAUAUAGCCUUCUACAUCAACAGACAUAAGGGUUUCCCUAAGUUGAACGAUGCAGGCUUGGCAGAUGUGUUUUUGGGCGGGAAGGGUGUUUCGGUGACUGUUAUGCUGCGUGUUGACAGUGACAACGAGAACAUAUUCACUGUAAAAUCUGUCAAGGCCAGUGUCGGUAAACUGAAAUUUAAGAUACGCGAUUCCAAGCAUGACCUGCUGUACAAGACUGUCAAACCUCUGCUUAUGUCGCUCAUCAGGAAGCAGAUUACUAAAGCGAUUGAAGAUGGUACGCGUAGUGGCCUCACUACGCUUAACAACAAAUUGGUUGAGAUUCGUCGCGAGAUGGAGGCGACUAAGGAGGCAAGGAAGGAGGAGGCGACGAGUGAGGUGAAGGGCGGGAAGAAGGGUGAAACUAGCAGAACCAGCAUAAUCAGUGACAAGUUUAGAGGCAAGAAGGAAUCAUCUGAGAGUGCUGCGGAUGGCCCUAUUGGUGCUACUCAAAACCCACCCACUCAAUCGCACUUUAGAGUAGUCGCCAACCGUAACUCGCAACUUAUUGAUGCUGGUCAUUCGCAAGGAUGGAUUAAUCUCCAGGCCAAGUAUGAAAACAAAGUUGGCGAGGGUGAUACUUGGCACUCCAAAGCUUUCUCUGUAGUAUGA